UCUCUCUCUCUCUCUGCAAAAAACACAGAAUGUGGUCGAUGAGUACUAGUGGUAGUGAUUGCGAUACUCAUGAAUUGAACACCAUGAACAAAAAGUCUGAUUCAUCGUCAAUAACGACUAGUGGUCGGAAACUUCUUCGACCCAUCAUUCCAAGACCAGUACUUCCCAUCAAUAAUUCCACAUCGACCGCCCCCUACUCUCAGAAUUCACUCACUACCCCAAACCCAAACCCAAACCCACCUGCUUCUUCGUCUUGCACUUGUUGUUUCCAGCUUCCCAAAUCAAGUACCCUUAUUUCUACGUCAACUACUGAUCAUUAUCUGGACAUUAGCGCAGCUCCUAUUGAGGACCAAAGUAAGCAAGAAAACAACGCCACAGCACCUUUAGUGACUGCUAGUUCAAGAUGGACUCCGACGCCGGAGCAAUUACGAGUGCUAGAGGAUAUGUAUGAAGGCGGAACGCGCACCCCGACGGCUGACCAAAUCAAACUAAUAGCUGGAAAGCUUCGUCGGUUCGGUAAAAUCGAGGGGAAGAAUGUGUUCUACUGGUUUCAGAAUCAUAAAGCCAGAGAACGCCAAAAACGCCGCCGCCGCGAUCAUAGGGGAAGUAGUACUCUUCAAACUGAAGAACCAGGCUUUGAAGUUGGGCAGGCAAAGAACAACGCAACUUCAAAUUGCCGUACAAAUUCAGAGGACUCUGUGUCAAUUCAUAGAGCAGUAGAAGCAUCAGAAAGCAGAGCACAAGGAUGGAUUCAACUGGAGGAGAGAGAAUUAAUGCAGCAGAGAAGAAGGAGAACAAGAACCACACAAUCAAAGCACGCCACGUGGCAGCUAAUGGAGCCCUGCCCAACUCCUCAAGCAUUCCAAUUCAUGGCCACCACAACAAGAAGUACUGCACCACCAGAAGAAGCUUUAAACCAGAGCAUGAAUUUGGCACCUAAUAAUAGUUUUGAAGAGGAUAAGGGUGAAAACCCUCAAACACUUGAGCUAUUUCCGAUUCAAACCCGCGAUUGGAUUGCGCAAAAAGGGGACUAUGAAGUGUCCGUGGCAUCGAUAGAUACAAGCUUCGUUCCAAAUCAGUUUUUUGAGUUUCUUCCUAUGAGGAAUUGAAAAGAAAAGAAAAGAAAAAGAAGCUAGCCCAAGUAGUUUGAAGACAUGAUCCGUUUUAUAGAUAGAAGUACGUGCAUGUAGGUUAAAUAUUAAGUACAUUCUAGCUAGUAGCGAUUUUGUAUUUCCCGAAUUCGUGCAGCUUCUUUGCGCUCGCAAAUUAUGAAGCAAAAAUAGGCUCGUUAUAAAGAAUCG